UCAAGAUGUAUCUUCUUCGUUGUAUGGGAUUUCAGUCGAUUUUUGACUUACCACGAUGAAGGGUGUUAUUGUUUUGUUUUUCUUAGUAUUUGUUUCAGGGCUUUGUACCCAAUGGGUUUUUGCAGUAUUUUUAAACCACAGACCAUUUCCAACAUACAGUUUAGAAAACAUGCCAUCGACGGGGUUUUCUUGCAGAGAUAAAAUAUUGGGGGGUUACUACGCGGACGCCGAAACGCAAUGUCAAAUGUUCCACAUUUGUGUUAAAGUCGCCGGAGUAGGGGUGCAAGACUUCAGAUUUUUGUGUCCCAACGGCACAGCUUUCGAUCAAGAUCAUCAGAUAUGUGCCGAAUGGGAAGACAUAGAUUGCGACGCGACCACCCUGUAUUAUUCCAGUGAUAACUUCGAUUUGUAUCGAAUCGGAUCUGGUUAUGAAUCAAAAGCACACAGAUAUGGAGAAGACGAAGAAACGUUUUCGUUACAAAGAGCAGAAACGGGCGACGCGCGAAUAAAUCACGAUCAACAAACAAAAAUUGUAGAUCAAACUAAAACACCACCAAGAAGUUACCAAAAUUCACCAAGACAGAGUUUCAACAACAACAACAACAACAACGAAAAAGAUAUAUUUAAAGGUUCCAGUAGUUCAAACUUUUAUAAUAAUAGAAAUAAUGGAAAAGAAAGAGACGAAGAUUACGACGAUAAUAUAAAUAUCAAUCAAAAUCGAGAUUACGAACGUAAGAGAAAAGUCGUUAGGAACAGAUCGAGAAGACCAGUACAAAACGAAAACAAAAAUAAUCAAAUUAACGAAUUCAGUAACAAAAAUCAAGAAUCUAGAUCACAAACUAGAAGACCAGUUAAUCAAAAUACGAGGUUCGUUAAUAAUUUCGCCGGAAGUUACGAACCAUCAACAACUAAACCAUCUACAACAACCCCGAACGCAAAUCAAUACACAACAACAUUAAAUAAUUAUAGAAACAGAAACGGACAAAGACGACAACAAUUUAGCGAUUAUACAGAUAGUCCCACGUUCACGAUUAGUACACCAGCUCCUUUUAAACAACAAUACAAUACGCCACCUAGUAGAAGUACUGGCAACGUAUUUGCUACCGAAGAAAAUACUUCAAAAGUUUACGAAACGACUAAAGUGAAGCAGAUAUACGAUAAAACUGAAAAUUAUCCCAACAACAAUCCCAAAUAUAGUACCAGUUUCGAUAAGAAGCAAACUACGUCGUAUAAACAGACGAAUCCAAGUACUUUAAGUCCGAAACCGUUCAGCGUUUCUAACAGUAAUUUCCCGACGACUUUCGCUCCUAGAACUAACGCGGCUUACAGUCAAAUAGCUCAACAAACCGCCGCUUACAACCAGAACAGACAGAGCAGUCAGAAUAGUCCUUCAAGCACGCCGAAAAGUACUCCUUUCACCCAAUAUACACCUACUGUGCCGAAAAUUAGUUCGACUACUCCGAUCAGCAGGUCCCAGUUUAAAUUAUCAAGAAAUAGAGAUUUAUUGGAUAUAAAAAUCAUAAGAUCGAGCCGCUUCGAUGAAACUCAAUACGACGACGGAUCCUACAGUUCGAAGUACGACUACGAUGGCGAUAAAAGAGAAGACGAAUUUUUAAAAACGGCGCACAGUCAGAAUAUAGCUGCGAGUAGAAACGAGCUACAAAAAACAACGAAUAACAAGCAAACCCAAACGACUGUACCUGUUUCGAGAUCGACUUAUGAAGUACCUAAAACCUAUCCUUCUACUAAGAAAGUAAAUAACGAUGUGACGAAAACGUCUGUUUCUACGAGUAAGGUUACGGAAUCGCCAAAAACUACAUCGAAAACUAUCGGUAAAAAACCAGCGCCGCCUAAGAAGGAUUACGAUUAUGCUUACUACGAUACCGGGGUGGGAAGCGAACCUGAUUAUGACAUUCAUACCGAGAUUAAAAAGUUAGAUGAUGUCGUUCUUGUUUAAGAGUGAUUUGUUGGUGUUUCCUAUGAAUUUUUCACAAAACUGUUUUUGAUAAAUUUUUGGAUUUUCUAUAAAACUUUAUAAAAAUUCAUGAAUAUUAUUAUAUAAUUUGAAGGAAUUGUUAAAAAAUGUUGAAUUUGGUAUGGAGCAAGAUGGUAGAUAUUCAAAUUCUCUAUAAAAUGGUUCUAAAUCACUUGUUUCGUAUUGGCAACUUAAAUUGAGAUAUUUGCUAUAAUCUAAUAAAAUUUAUUUGCUUAGUAUAUUAAAACAUUUAUAAAGAAUUGAAAAAUUCGAAGUUUUAUAUUGAAUUUAAUAAUUUUUAAAAAAUUAAAUUAAUAUUGACCAAAUUUGGAUAUUACAAAAAGUAAUUUGGGACAAUUUUAUAGAAAAAUUAUAUAUGUAGAAGAAAUUAAUAAAAAAAAACGAAGUGUACAAUAAAAUUGUUAUCAUAGGGAAGCAAUUAAAGUUAUUGGGUAGCGCGAAAACAUAAUGUAACAAAACAGUACCUAAUAUUCAAAAUACAUAAAGCAAAAACAAUGAGUUGAUUGAAAAAAAUUCUGGUUCUUUUUUAUUAGCUCAAUUAUUAUUUAUUGGUAAAUUAGUUAAAUCAAAAAACCUUAUAAUUUUCCGCUAAAGUCCGUUUGACACCGCCGUCUAUUUAAGAUUGUAUAUAUUGUAAUUUUAUUAAUGAAAAUAAAACUAUU